AUGUCGCCGCGAGAGCGACACUGGAAAUAUCGACUAUCUUUCUUCUACCCCAAGGAAGAAGACUCCGGCGUUUUCAUCUGCACGACGCCCGAGGGCUAUAGCAACUCCAUCGAAGUCAACAUCGCUCCUGUACAUUGCGGAGCUUUGAAUCCAUUGGACCCGCAACUCGAAAUUCAUCAAGAGGACGACAAGAUGACAGCAGUGGCAAAUUUUUCGUGUCCACUGGGCUACAUAUUACAUGGAGAUUCCAGCGUCAUGUGUCUUGCAAAUGUGACCGCGUAG